AUGUCACUGACACGGGUUGGAGAUGGUGGUGGCGGUAAGCGUGGUACUACCUUUGGUGGAUAUGGUGGUGGUGGUAGUGGUGGCACUACCUUCGGUGGAGAUGGUGGUGGUGGGGGUGGUACUACCUUUGGUGGAGAUGAUGGUGGUGGUGGUGGUGGAGGAGGCUUCACUGGGCAACUGGGGUUAGAGAUGGUGGGAUGGUGGUGGUGGUGGGGAUGGGAUGAGGGUGAGGAUGGUAAUGGUGAUGGAGGAAGCUUCACUGGUGGUGGUGGUGAUGGGGAUGGGGAUGGGGAUGGUGAUGGUGAUGAAGAAGGCUUCACUGGUGGAGAUAGAGAUGGGGAUGGUGAUGGUGGUAAGGAUAGGGAUGGGGGUACGGUUGGAGAUGGUGGUAGGGAUGAGGGUGGGAGUGGUACUACCUUUGGUGAAGAUGAUGGUGGUGGUGAAGGAGGCUUCACUGGGACAACUGGGGUUGGAGAUGGUGGUAGGAAUGGGGGUGAAGGAAGCUUCACUGGUGGUGGUGGUGAUGGUGAUGGGGAUGGGGAUGGUGAUGGUGAUAAAGGAGGCUUCACUAGUGGGGAUGGGGAUGGGGAUGAUGGUGGUGGUGGGGAUGGUGAUGGUGAUGGAGGAGGCUUCACUGGUGGUGGUGGUGAUGGUGAUGGGGAUGAGGAUGGUGAUGGUGAUAGAGGAGGCUUCACUGGUGGUGAUGGUGAUGGGGAUGAGGAUGGUGAUGGUGAUGGAGAAGGCUUCACUGGUGGGGAUGGGGAUGGGGAUGGAGAUGGUGGUGGUGCUGAGGAUGAGGAUGGGGGUGGGGUUGGAGAUAAUGGUGGGGAUGAGGGUGGGGGUGGUACUACCUUUGGUGAAGAUGGUGGUGGUGGUAGAGGAGGCUUCACUGGGACAACUGGGGUUGGAGAUGGUGGUAGGGAUGGGGGUGGGGGUGGUGCUACCUUUGGUGGAGAUGGUUGUGGUGGUAGAGGAGGCUUCACUGGGAUAACUGGGGUUGGAGAUGGUGGUAGAGAUAGUGGUGGUGGUGGAAGAGGCUUCACUGGGACAACUGGGGUUGGAGAUGGUGGUGGUGGUGAAGGAGGCUUCAUUGGGAUAACUGGGGUUGGAGAUGGUGGUAGUGGUAGGGGUGGUACUACCUUUGGUGGAGAUGGUGGUGGUGGUGGUAGUGGUGGAGGAGGCUUCAUUGGGACAACUGGGAUUGGAGAUGGUGGUGGCAGUGGGGGUGGUACUACCUUUGGUGGACAUGGUGGUGGUGGUAGGCGUGGUGGACAUGGUGGUGGUGGUGGAGGAGGCUUCAUUGGGACAACUGGGGUUGGAGAUGGUGGUGGUGGUAGGGGUGGUACUACCUUUGGUGGAGAUGGUGGUGGGAGGAUGCUUCAUUGGGACAACUGGGAUGGUGGUGGUGGUGGAGGAGGCUUCAUUGGGACAACUGGGGUUAGAGAUGGUGGUGGCGAUGGCGGUGGUACUACCUUUGGUGGACAUGAUGGUGGUGGUAGGGGUGGUACCUCCUUCGGUGGAGAUGGUGAUGGUGGUAGGGGUGGUACUACCUUUGGUAGAGAUGGUGGUGGUGGUGGAGGAGGCUUCAUUGGGACAACUGGGGUUAGACUUGGUGGUGGUGGGGGUGGUACUACCUUUGGUGAUGGAGUUGGAGGGCAUGAUGUUUCAGUAGGUGGAAGAGGCUUCACUGGGACAACUGGUUCUGGUGUUGAUGGUGGGCUUGGCAAUAUAACAGGUGGUGUAGGUGGUGGUUUAGGGGUAGAUGGUGGAGGCAGUAUAAUUGGGGGUUUGGGAUAA